AUGCCGCUAGCAGAAAAUAAGAAGCGUCCGCGCGCCGACCUGCUUUCAUCGCUAGAUGCCGUAUUUUCUGCUAGUGCACAUUCUGAAGCUUCUAAGUAUACAGCUUUAGCAGCAGUGCAAACAACACUCAAUGAAAAUGAUCUUCAGGCAUACCAGCAUAUCAAGCGCAAGCGCAAGGGCAAGAAGCGCGAGAAAGGCAGUACCGGUUGCGAAGGUGCCAAAGCGAUGAAUAACCAUGCUGAAAGUGAGAAGGACAAAAGCAACAAGGUUAUAGCUGAUCCACUGUACGAGACAAUUGACGUGGGGCUGUUGGCUGUCGGACUGAAAAAUUGCUCACUUCGACCGCAAGUGAAGACAUUGACAAAUUCGCGAGUAUCUCACGAGACUCUUAAAAGGUAUCUCGAAUCAGUAACUGUGGGCACGAAGGCAGGCUCAGACGCUAUCAAUAAUCUCAAAAACAAGGUUUUGUCCCUGGACAAUCCUUUUAAGACGACUACAGCAGAAACUAAAGAAAAGGCACUUGUAGUUGCAAGUAAAAAGCAAACUGCCAAACUAUUGAGUGCACGUCGACGUAGAAUGCUUAAUCUGCAUAUGCUGGGUCGAAAGAUGAAGUACAGUCAUGCUGAGCAGCUGAACCUUAUUUGGACACGAUAUGUCAGUCAAGUGAUUGCGUGCAACCUUGAUCAAGUUGAGCAAAUAUCCGAGGAAGCGCAGCGUAUACGGAACGCAAAACUGCAGACUAAGCUCAAGUACAUGGAUCUCUCUGGAUGUCGAAUUGAAGGUGAGUGUAGUACUUUAUGUGAAGUGCCGAGAUUUGACUUUUCAAGCUUGUGUGAUGUAGUAAUUCAGUCUUGUAACCCGUGCAACAUUGGUCUCAGCGGAAUUGUUGUCGCGGAGACUAUGGAAACGGUGCAGAUCUGCCGUCCAGUAUCUCCGAGUAGCAACAACAAUGACGGCUACAUUUGCACGCUUGUAAAAUUCCAAUCGCGCUUUAGAGUUAUUAUAAGCCAAGCGCGAAGCUUGCAUCUUGAUGGCGCCUGGUUUGCAGAACGAAGACAUUGCAUUUAG